AUGGAGUCAUUGGGCAACUCAACGGGUUCUCCAGAACCAACUAGGUCGAAAUAUGUUAUCGGUGUCUGUGCGAUGGAUAGCAAAGCUCGGUCUAAGCCUAUGCGUAACAUUUUGAAUAAACUGAUGGCUUCUGGGGAAUUUGAAACUAUUAUAUUCGGAGAUAAAGUCAUAUUAGACGAGGAUGUGGAGAAUUGGCCGGCCUGCGACUUUUUCUUAUCGUUCUUCUCGGUCGGUUUCCCCCUGGAAAAAGCGUGUCGAUAUGUUGACCUGCGGAAACCUUUUUGUGUGAAUGACCUCCCAAUGCAGCAGAUACUGUGGGAUAGGCGUCUUGUCUUGAAUCUGUUGGAUGCAAUUGGUGCUCCCACUCCACGGAGAUUGGUCGCAAGCAGAGAUGGGGGUCCCAAACUGGAUUCUGAAGUCUCUGCCAAGAUACAAAGGUUAUUUGGUGUCAAAAUAGAUAAACCUUGUCCAGAAGCAAUCGUUGAGAUGAUUGACAGAGAUACGAUCGAUGUCAACGGGCAUCUGAUGAGAAAGCCUUUUGUUGAGAAGCCAGUUGAUGGAGAGGAUCAUAACAUUCACAUAUAUUACCCCAAGGAAAUGGGUGGAGGAGGGCGAAGAUUAUUUAGAAAGGUGGCGAAUAAGUCAAGCCAGUUUGAUCCCGAUCUAUAUCUUCCGAGAAUGGAUAAGUCGUAUAUUUACGAGGAGUUUAUGAACGUCGAUAAUGCUGAAGACGUUAAAGUCUACACGAUCGGAUCAUCCUUUGCUCAUGCCGAGACGCGUAAAUCGCCUGUAGUAGAUGGAGUGGUCAGACGCAACACAGAUGGAAAAGAAGUACGCUAUGUUACCACCCUUUCGCCUGAAGAUACAAGGAUGGCGUGUAAUAUCUCGUAUGCGUUCGGCCAGACUGUCUGUGGAUUUGAUCUGCUCAGAGUCAAUGGGCAGUCACAUGUCAUUGACGUAAACGGAUGGUCGUUUGUCAAAGGCAAUGACGACUAUUACGCAAAGUGUGCAGAAAUACUCCGCGCAACGUUCAAAAAUGCCGUACGCAAGCGUAAAGUCAGCAUCGACUCGAUACCAAAGGAACUCAGUAUUGAGAAUUCAUGGAGAUUGAAAUCAUUUAUAUCAGUUUUUAGACACGCGGACAGGACUCCGAAGCAGAAAAUGAAGUUUUCAUUCAAAAGUCAGCCGUUUAUUGAGUUAUUGGAUGGGAGUACCGAAGAGGUGAUAUUAAGGAAAGAAAAAGACCUGUUGAGAGUAACAGAAGCAACAGAGAUGGCCAUUGAGUCGCGUUUGGAGAAUGCGAAUAUACUACAACAGCUAAAACGUAUACUAGAUUUGAAGCGCGAUUUACCUGGUACCAAAGUUCAAGUAAAACCGUCGUAUUCUAAGAAAACAGGAGACUUUGAGAAAUUACAACUGAUAGUUAAAUGGGGAGGAGAGUUUACUCAUUCAGCAAGAUACCAGGCGAGAGAUCUUGGGGAGAAUCUUAGAAAGGAUUUAUUAAUUAUGAAUAAGAGGGUAUUUAACGAUGUGAAGAUAUUUACAAGUUCAGAGAGACGUGUAAGCGCGACAGCUGAAAUCUUUGCACACACAUUCUUGGAUAUUGGGGAUAUUCCUGAAAAUGUUAUUCAGAUUCGCAAAGAAAUGCUUGACGAUAGUAAUGCCGCCAAAGAAGAGAUGGAUGCUGUAAAAAUUCAAAUACACGAUCUUAUUGGAAACGACAAUUUAUACCAAAAGUAUCCUUGGUGGCCUAGAGAUAUGCCUGAGCCUCAAGUGGUAAUUGGGGAGAUUAUUGAAAUGAUGAAAUACCACCAAAGCAUAAUGCAGGAGAAUUAUGCUACAAUGGAUGUCGACAAGAUUCAAUCUCGAUGGUGUUGUAACGAGUCACCUGCUCUCUUCAAAGAGAGAUGGGAAAAACUGUUCAAGGACUUUUGUGACGUGGAUAGAAACAAAUUCGACCCCAGCAAAGUCUCUGAAUUAUAUGAUUCAUUGAAAUAUGAUGCGCUACAUAAUCGACAAUUUUUAGAGACUGUGUUUAGUGAUAAGAAAGACAAGGAUGUCGGUAAAAUAAAGAAACUAUAUCAAUGGGCAAAGUUAAUGUUUGAUCUUGUUGCCCCUCAGGAAUAUGGCGUUGAUGAUAAGGAUAAGAUGGAAAUUGGAUUGUUGACAUCACUGCCGCUGUUGAGGCAAGUAAUUGAAGAUCUCGAGGCGGCAAAGACUUCAACAUCGGAAUGUGGAACACGAUUAUAUUUUACAAAGGAAUCGCAUGUGCACACACUUCUCAAUGUCGUGCUCUUAUCCGGAUUACCUACUAAGAUACCCAAAAACGACGUUCCAGAAUUAGAUUAUUUAACUCAGAUUACGUUUGAAAUGUACGAGAGAAAUCAAGGCUUUUCUGGUGACAAGGAGUACUCCCUGCGAGUAGGUUUCAGUCCCGGUGCGCACGACCCGAACAUCCUUGACUUGCAGUUGGAUGCUCGGCAUUGUCUCAAAGUUGCACCUAGGAAGAACCUCACUGAUCACUUGCCUCUAGACCAGGGACUGUCAUAUUUCAAAAGAUAUUUGAAUGGCUUUAAAGCAGCCUCCAUAGACCAUAAUUUUGAACCAAUGCAAGUAACUAAUCAUCAAAACCCGUCAAGCGCGUAUCCGAGUGCAGCAAUAUGGCGCGAUAGCCCAUAA